UAGCAACAGCAUCGAUGAAAUGACGGCAGAGAACAUUGACAGAGACCGAAAGAGAGGGAGGCGCGUAGCCAAGCUGUCUGGAAGCUACAGGCAUGCACAGAACUUUAACUUCUGAAAGUGACGCCACUGGCUACCGCUCCACACCGUUACUUGCGACACAGAAAAGUGACUUCUUCCUGUACACCACUGCUCCUUUGGCGAUCGGAACGGUUAACAGGACCACACCAGCGACAAGGCUCAGCACAUAGAAUCAAAAGUAAAGGUGAUUUUUUUUCAAGAAAAGGAAAGUUUAGAAAAUGCAAGUGAGCAACGGCAAGAAACGCGUGUGAAGUUUUUCAUAACUGUCCGGCAUCAUGAGCAGACUAUCGUGCUUCGGUGUUCUUCUCAGGACGUCUAUUGUCCUAUAUCUGUUUCUCAAAUGCUCAGAAGCUCAAUGCACUCCCGGUACGGAUUUCAAAGGUGUUGCAACACACACUGGGAGUACUGUUCAGGUAGAUGCCAACUGCACUGUGUGUACUGGCAAUGUCCCAGUUCCCUCCAACUUAACUACAGCCACUGUAACUGUCAAUGUCCUGUGUAACAAUGACCAAAACUUCAACUGCUGCUGCACAACAAAGCCUGAAGUCAUCAUGAACCUUACAGCCUCUGAAAUCACAACAUCAUCUGUGUUUCUGAACUGGACUGAACCAUUGGGAAACAGAUCCUUCUACAGAGUAGAAUGGACUGAUUGCAAUAUCAGUGGCAGUCAGAUUACCACAGGAACUUCUGUUAAUGUUACUGCUCUCACUGCUGGAGUGCAGUACCUCUUCACAGUCACUGCAGUGGCUGGAGAUAACACAACUGUAGGACAGAGCAAGACAGUUUCUAAGUAUACAAAGCCCGCAAUCAUCAGAAACCUCAUGUUCACUGAAAUCACAACAUCAUCUGUGUCUCUGAACUGGACUGAACCAUUGGGAAACAGAUCCUUCUACAGAGUAGAAUGGACUGAUGGCAAUAUCAGUGGCAGUCAGAAUACCACAGAAACGUCUGUUAAUGUUACUGCUCUCACUGCUGGAGUGCAGUACCUCUUCACAGUCACUGCAGUGGCUGGAGAUAACACAACUGUAGGACAGAGCAAGACAGUUUCUAAGUAUACAAAGCCCGCAAUCAUCAGAAACCUCAUGUUCACUGAAAUCACAACAUCAUCUGUGUCUCUGAACUGGACUGAACCAUUGGGAAACAGAUCCUUCUACAGAGUAGAAUGGACUGAUGGCAAUAUCAGUGGCAGUCAGAAUACCACAGAAACGUCUGUUAAUGUUACUUCUCUCACUGCUGGAGUGCAGUACCUCUUCACAGUCACUGCAGUGGCUGGAGAUAACACAACUGUAGGACAGAGCAAGACAGUUUCUAAGUAUACAAAGCCCGCAAUCAUCAGAAACCUCAUGUUCACUGAAAUCACAACAUCAUCUGUGUCUCUGAACUGGACUGAACCAUUGGGAAACAGAUCCUUCUACAGAGUAGAAUGGACUGAUGGCAAUAUCAGUGGCAGUCAGAAUACCACAGAAACGUCUGUUAAUGUUACUUCUCUCACUGCUGGAGUGCAGUACCUCUUCACAGUCACUGCAGUGGCUGGAGAUAACACAACUGUAGGACAGAGCAAGACAGUUUCUAAGUAUACAAAGCCUGCAGUCAUCAGGAACCUGACUGUCUCUGAAAUCACAACAUCAUCUGUGUUUCUGAGCUGGAUUGAACCAUUGGGAAACAGCUCCUUCUAUAGAGUAGAAUGGACUGGUGGCAGUAGAGAUAUGAAUACAACUACCAAUGAGACAGCCUUUAAUGUAACUGAGCUGACUGCUGGAGUGAAAUACACAUUCAGGGUCACUGCAGUGGCUGGAGAUGAGAUGACAGAAGGCAAAAAUAUCAGUGUUUCACUCUUUACAAAGCCUGCAGUCAUCAGGAACCUGACUGUCUCUGAAAUCACAACAUCAUCUGUGUUUCUGAGCUGGAUUGAACCAUUGGGAAACAGGUCCUUCUAUAGAGUAGAAUGGACUAGUGGCAGUAGAGAUAUGAAUACAACUACCAAUGAGACAGCCUUUAAUGUAACUGAGCUGACUGCUGGAGUGAAAUACACAUUCAAGGUCACUGCAGUGGCUGGUGAUAAUAUAACUAAAGGAAAUUCUCAGGAGAAAGCCCUCUUUACAAAACCUGAAGUCAUCAGGAACCUUACUGUCUCUGAAAUCACAACAUCAUCUGUGUUUCUGAGCUGGAUUGAACCAUUGGGAAACAGCUCCUUCUAUAGAGUAGAAUGGACUGGUGGCAGUAGAGAUAUGAAUACAACUUCCAAUGAGACAGCCUUUAACGUAACUGAGCUGACUGCUGGAGUGAAGUACACAUUCAGGGUCACUGCAGUGGCUGGAGAUGAGAUGACAGAAGGCAAAAAUAUCAGUGUUUCACUCUUUACAAAGCCUGCAGUCAUCAGGAACCUGACUGUCUCUGAAAUCACAACAUCAUCUGUGUUUCUGAGCUGGAUUGAACCAUUGGGAAACAGCUCCUUCUAUAGAGUAGAAUGGACUGGUGGCAGUAGAGAUAUGAAUACAACUUCCAAUGAGACAGCCUUUAACGUAACUGAGCUGACUGCUGGAGUGAAGUACACAUUCAGGGUCACCGCAGUGGCUGGAGAUGAGAUGACUGAAGGCAAAAAUAUCAGUGUUUCACUCUUUACAAAGCCUGCAGUCAUCAGGAACCUGACUGUCUCUGAAAUCACAACAUCAUCUGUGUUUCUGAGCUGGAUUGAACCAUUGGGAAACAGAUCCUUCUACAGAGUAGAAUGGACUGAUGGCAAUAUCAGAGGCAGUCAGAAUACCACAAAAACGUCUGUUAAUGUUACUGCUCUCACUGCUGGAGUGCAGUACAACUUCACAGUCACUGCAGUGGCUGGAGAUAACACAACUGUAGGACAGAGCAAGACAGUUUCUAAGUAUACAAAGCCCGCAAUCAUCAGACACCUCAUGUUCUCUGAAAUCACAACAUCAUCUGUGUCUCUGAACUGGACUGAACCAUUGGGAAACAGAUCCUUCUACAGAGUAGAAUGGACUGAUGGCAAUAUCAGUGGCAGUCAGAAUACCACAGAAACUUCUGUUAAUGUUACUUCUCUCACUGCUGGAGUGCAGUACAACUUCACAGUCACUGCAGUGGCUGGAGAUAACACAACUGUAGGAGAGAGCAAGACAGUUUCUAAGUAUACAAAGCCUGCAGUUGUCCGCAACCUCUCUGUCUCUAAAAUCACAACAUCAUCUGUGUCUCUGAACUGGACUCAACCAGAGGGAAACAGAUCCUUCUACAGAGUAGAAUGGACUGAUGGCAAUAUCAGUGGCAGUCAGAAUACCACAGGAACUUCUGUUAAUGUUACUGCUCUCACUGCUGGAAUGCAGUACAACUUCACAGUCACUGCAGUGGCUGGAGAUAACACAACUGAAGGAGAAGGCAGUCAAACAACCACUUUAACAAAGCCUGAACAACCUGUGGACAUUGUGGCUACGGGACGAGGAACCAGUCAGCUGAAUGUGACCUGGACCUUGCGUAACGGGAGAGUGGACUACUACAUCGUGAACAUAUCUAAUGCUGCUUUGAACAAUACAUCCAGCAAUACCACACAGAGCAGGGAGGCCAGCUUCACUGGGUUACAGCCUGGGAGGGUUUAUGAGGUCACAGUGACUUCUGUUGCUGGAACCUUUACGAACCAGUCUGCUCGGGUCCAGUUAGCCACCAAGCCCAACCCACCUGGACCCCUCAACAUCACAGAGAGGACAACCAGCUCCCUCGUUGUCCAAUGGACAACCCCGGAUCUAAUGACUGGAGCGCAAGGCAUCUCCUAUAACAUCAGCUACCAGCUUAAUGGGACUGGUUUAGGAGAGAGAAACCAGUCUUCCUCUACAGCUGGUCUCAGCAGUAACCUGACCUCUCUGUCCUCUGGGACUUGCUACACCAUCACAGUGAAAACCAUGGGACCCCAGAAUCUAGAAAGCACCAGUGUUUAUACAUCGGAAUGUACCUUGCCCAAACCAGUGGUGAACCUCACAGCCACCCCGUUGUCCAACUCCUCAGUGAAGCUACAGUGGACUGACCCCGUGGAGGUUAAGAACUACUACACCUAUAGAGUCCAGUACCAAAAGACUACAGGCCCUGAACAGCUAACAGUCAGUACCAACUUCACACAAGUCAAUGACCUAGCACCUGGGACUGGCUACAACUUCACUGUUACCUCGGUAGCAGCAACGGGAAGCGAAGGAACUCCGGAACGCACGUUAUGUUACACUAAGCCCAACGUGGUCAGUAGCCUCAUGGUUGAGGGUCUGAACACAACUGCUAUCAGACUUUCCUGGCCCAAGCCGAAUGACUACAAAACAACCUACUCUUAUCUGGUGACCAUCUCCAAGAGUGUGUCUGUGGUAGUGAUCACCACGGUCGAGAAGUACACCUUCACCAAUCUCAUGCCUGGGAACUGUUAUAACUGCUCUGUGGUCACGGUCGUCCAGGAUGUUAAGUCUGAUUCAAUGGAGAAGAUAAUCUGCACAAAACCUGCGGUGGUGGAAAACCUCGUCGCCAUAGGAACAACAACCAACAUGAGUGUGAGCUGGUAUAAACCUAUGGGACAGGUGGACAACUACACCGUUACUAUAUACAAAAACAAUGUGAUGGAAAACAACCGUACCAUAACCAACAACUAUCUACAAGUUGUGUUCCAGAACCUGAAGCCAGGGAACGUCUAUGUUGUCAAAGUGGCCACCAAUAGUGGACCGCUCACUGAGGCACUAAAUGUUACAAAUGCAACUUAUCCCAACCCUCCUGGAGGCAUCAUAGUGGUGGGCCAGACCACUGGUUCCAUCAACAUCAGCUGGGCCCAGCCCCUGAACAUGGACCUAGGUCAGUACAGCUUCUCUGUGUUCCAUCUGGACCAGCAGAACCUGACGGAACACAACUGGACCCUCCUGGAGAACCUCCAGUCUGGAACACUCUACAACAUCUCUGUGGUAACUGUAGGGCCGUUUGACUACAGGAGCACAGUGGUGACGACGGCCAACUCUACCAGACCCCAGUCUGUGAUCAGGCUGAUUGAGGCAGGAAUCACAACCACCAAUGUGACUCUAGUCUGGUUUCAGCCAGAGAGCAAACCAGGCUACUCCUUCAGGGUGGAGGUCACCAACUGGUCUGUCACCGCCAACACCAGGAUGAGCAACUACAACUACACCACCAUCACCGGGCUACAGUCUGGGAGCAACUACACCUUUACAGUGACAACACUCACAGGGGACGGCACCAUGGCAACCCCGGUGAUGGUGUCUUAUUUUACAAGACCAUUCGCCAUUAGUGGUUUGGUAGCCUCUACAGUGAACACAACCACUGUGAAUCUGACCUGGACCAAACCCCCUCAGUACCAGAGUGGUUACACAUACCGUAUCCAGACUGAGGGGUGCGUGUCCGCUCCCACAAACCACACCACGGCGACAGGAGAGGGGGACCUCAUCUCAGAACUCACACCAGGAACCAGAUGCACCUUCAGUGUUUCCGUCAAGGCACUGAACAGCAUAGAGGGAGAAUCUGUCUCAACCUCUCAGUACACAAAGCCUGAGUCUGUCAAUACGUUCAUCUACAACAAUGGCAGCAACAGUACCAUAGUGGUGCGCUGGGAAGCGCCCAGAGGAAACGUAGAGCAUUAUAUAGUCUAUCUGAACAAGGUCCUUUUCUCAGAUUUGCUGAACUCCAGCAUUCGGUCAACAUCCUUCCUUAACCUGUCAGCUGGCAGAAACUACACAGCCGUGGUGACCACUAUCAGUGGGCCCUUCAACGCUUCAUCAGAACCUGCAACUACAGCAACUUAUCCCAACCAGCCUGGGCCCAUCGUGAUCUUGGAGAAGACCACUAGUUCUAUCUCUGUGGAGUGGGGUGAAGCUCCUCUGAUGACCAACACCACCUUCAGUUACCUAGUGACCUACCUUUCAACGCAACUAAACAACAAGACAGUCACUCUGACAAACACCAGUCACACACUGCCCAAUCUGUCCUCUGGAACACCCUACAAUAUCUCUGUGGCUACAGUGGGAGUGCUAGGGCUCCAGAGUGAGAAGGUCUGGAGCAGUUUGGUCACGACCAGACCAGAGAGUGUGCAGUCCCUCAGUGUAGUGACAGCAGAGGAGAACAUAGCAUUGACCUGGAACAAGCCUGUGGAUCACAAACCAAGCUACCACUACUAUGUGAUCUGGACCAACUCUGGGUUAAUCAUCAGUAACACAACCACACUUAUGGAAAACCUAAUGAUCGAUCAAUUGGUUCCUGGUAGUCUGUAUAAUUUCACAGUGACAACAGAGACAGCUGACGGAACAAAGGGAGCUCCAGUCUCAUACUCCAGCUGCACCAAUGCCAGCCCUGUGUCCAACCUGAAGUGUGACUCUCCUAACGGCCCCAAGGUGAUCCUGUCCUGGACCAAACCCAAAGGUCUGUACCAGGGCUUCCAGAUCACUGCUUAUGAAACCAACCAACUCCCCCAGGACCAGGUACACUAUAACACUAGUGGUGACUGUACGCCAGCCUGUGGCCACACAGUCUCUGACCUUAAGCACAAUACAGACUACAUCCUGACUGUAACCACUCUGGGCUGUGGGAGUUCCAGCACCAUCCAAUCCCUCACCUGCAAGACUGCCAUUAAUGCUGUCAUCGGUGUGGCUGUCGGGGUAACGAUUGGAGUUUUUGCCAUCCUCUUCAUCAUCACCGUUGGCUUAAUCAUCUACUGGAGGAGACAAACCAAGAAAGACUCUUCAGACAUCCAGAUUCACUCCAUGAGAGCUAAAGUAAGCGUGGCCGUGAGGGUGGAGGACUACGAGGCUUAUUACAAGAGGCAGAAAGCAGACUCCAACUGUGGUUUCGCCGAGGAGUUUGAGGACCUGAAGCCAGUGGGAACAGCCCAAGCUAAAAUCAGCGCUCAGGCCAUGGAGAACAAGUCGAAGAACCGCUACAACAACGUGCUUCCCUAUGAUUCCUCUAGAGUGAAACUGUCCAUCCAUGGGAGUCCAUUCGACGACUACAUCAAUUCUAACUACAUCCCGGGUUACAACUCCAGGAAGGAGUUUAUUGCGGCCCAAGGUCCUUUGCCGAUCACCGUCAAUGAGUUCUGGAGGAUGAUCUGGGAGAAGAACGUCCAGACUCUGGUCAUGCUGACACGCUGUAAUGAACAGGGACGAGUGAAAUGUGAGAAAUACUGGCCAUCUGAGACCAAGCACUUUCAGAAUAUCACCGUGACAACAACCUCUGAAAUCCCCCUAGAAGACUGGACCAUCAGGGAUUUUGACGUAAAAAAUGUGAGGACAGCAGAGACACGCUCGGUGCGUCACUUCCACUUCACAGCCUGGCCGGACCACGGCGUCCCCGAGACCACGGAGCUGCUCAUCAACUUCAGACACCUGGUCCGAGAACACAUGGACCAGUACUCACGCCACUCCCCCACUGUCGUCCACUGCAGUGCGGGUGUGGGUCGUACCGGUACCUUCAUAGCCAUCGACCGGCUGAUCUUCCAGAUAGAGAGGGACAGUAUGGUGGAUGUGUACGGCACCAUCCACGACCUGCGCAUGCACCGGCCCCUCAUGGUUCAGACCGAGGACCAGUAUUUGUUCCUAAACCAGUGUGCCAUAGACAUAAUCCGAUCCAGAACUGGAACCAACGUGGACUUAAUCUACCAGAACACGGCUGCACUCAGCAUCUACGAGAACGUAGAACCCAGGAAAGAUACAGCUAAGAAUGGCUACCAUAACACAUAGGCCUCACGUCCACUGCUCUGUCUCUCCCAUCCUCCCGUCUGUCAGACAGGCCUGUAGAGAAGGGUUUAGAAAAGGGAUUGUUCACUUGCACUGAUCAUGUUGCCUUACACUGUAGUCUUUUUUCAAAUCAAACUGGUUUUCUAGUAUUUAUUUGGUCACGUUUUAUGAUAGUUGGAAAAAUAACAUGAAAGAUAACGGUUUGUUGAGAGGAACGGAUGCACAAAUUCCAUCCAAAGACCAAUAAUGGAAUGUACAUCAAAUUAUAUUUUAGAGAUGUAAUUCUUAUAUUUCCAUAUUUGUAUAUUGCUGCUACUUCCGAAUAUCUGCUUACCGUAAAUUCCGGACUAUAAGCCGCAACUUUUUUCCCAGCAUUGAACCUCGCGGCUUAUACAAUGACGCGGCUAAUAUAUGGAUUUUUCCCGCUUUAAAUGUAAAUAAAAAAUAAAAAAAACACAUUCUGUGACGUGCUCAGUUUUUUUGGCGGCAUGAAGCUUUCAUUAGACCAAUGAAAUUGCCGAACGGCUUAAGGUCAAACAACUUUUUUGUUUACUGUUUAGAUUAAAUCGAGCGCUCU